AUGAUAUUUAGUUCUCAAGAAGUUACCAAAUAUUACAAGAAUUAUGCUAGGUGUAUGGGUUUUGGAGUUAGUAAAAUCAGUUCAAAAAAUGGAGAUGAUGGAAAAAGAUACUUUACUCUAGGAUGUAGUCGUGCAAGAAGCUACGUGAGUAAUUCAAAAAACCUUUUAAAGCCAAAUCCUAUCACAAAAUCACAAUGUAAGGCUAGAGUAAAUGUGUGUGUGUCUUUAGAUGGAACAGUUACAAUUUCAAGAGUUUCUCUUGAGCAUAAUCAUGAAUUAAGCCCAAGCAAAUCAAGAUAUUUUAGAUGCAACAAGAAUCUAGAUCCUCAUAUAAAAAGAAGUUUGGAGCUUAAUGAUCGAGCUGGGAUAAAUGCACAACAUCAUAUAAAUGAUCGCCCAUUAUCAUGAUGCAGUGGAGAUGUGUGAGUUUUAUUCAUGUUGGGGUGCUCCCAGGCAUGUGUGAAGAGGGUAAAAAUUGAAUUCAUAGUGUAGGGGAAGUCCUACUAUUUCAACUGUGUAAUUUUCCUGCAUAUUUGCAUUUUCUCUGUUGUGGGGCAGUAUGUAAGUUGCAGGCUGUGGCUGAGUUUGUCAGGAUGAACUACUUG